CAGAGAGGAGUUUUCAGCGACCGUCACCGAGCUGCGAGGCACUGCCUUGUAAUUACAUUCAAACUCGCUCGGAUAUAUAUGUAUAAAAAAUGCGCAAGUGUUCAGCGCGGACUUGAAUUUCGAGCAGUUGUUCGGCGAGCGGCGGGAGAGAGAAGAAGGCAUAUUAAUUCAGUGGGAAUGCAAGGAAUUAAAUAGAGACUUAGACAUUUUGUCUGGCUACAAGGUCCACAACCCAUCCCGAGAAGAGACGAAAAACUUGAGUCCCACUUCCAGUUUACUUCAGCGUUCACGUCUGGAGUGGUAAUGUCUUGAACUGGUGGCCCCUCCAGCCCAGUGAAGGACGUGCCAGUGCCGGGCUGCUGCUAAUGGGAACUCCUGCUCCGCCAUGAGUGCUCGUGAUGGCGUUGGUGGCGUCGGUGGUGUGGGCACCCUGGGCCGACGGCAGCGCUUCGAGAACUCAGAGUUCACCGUGCGCAUCUACCCAGGCGCCCUAGCCGAGGGCACCAUCUACUGCCCGAUCAGUGCCCGCAAGACCACCACAGCUGCUGAGGCCAUCGAACAUGUCAUUGAACGCCUCCAGCUGGACCGCACCAAGUGUUAUGUUCUAGCUGAGGUGAAGGAGUUUGGUGGGGAGGAAUGGAUCCUGAACCCCAGCGACUGUCCUGUGCAGAGGAUGAUGCUCUGGCCCCGUGUGGCACUAGAGCACCGCCCGCUGUCUGGUGGCGAGGAUUACCGCUUCCUCCUAAGACAGAAGAACCUAGAUGGCUCGAUUCACUAUGGCGGCAGCCUCCAGAUGUGGCUGCAGGUCACAGAGGAGCGCAGGCGCAUGGUGGAGCGUGGACUGCUGCCACAGCCUGAAUCUCAGGGCAACCACGCAGAUCUGUGCCGCCUGCCGGAGCUCAACGAGCGCUCGCUGCUGGACAACCUGCGCUCGCGUUUCCGCCAGGAAAGGAUCUACACUUACGUCGGGAGCAUCCUCAUCGUCAUUAACCCCUUCAAGUUCCUGCCCAUCUACAACCCCAAGUAUGUGAAGUUGUAUGAUAAUCAUACGUUGGGAGAUUUGGAGCCGCAUAUUUACGCCGUGGCGGAUGUGGCUUACCACACCAUGCUGCAGAGACAGAGGAAUCAGUGCAUUGUUAUAUCUGGGGAGAGCGGCUCUGGGAAGACGCAGAGCACAAACUUCCUCAUUCAUCAUCUGACUGCUCUCAGCCAGAAGGGUUUCGCCAGUGGAGUGGAGCAGAUCAUCUUGGGAGCGGGGCCAGUACUAGAGGCAUUUGGGAACGCAAAGACAGCCCACAAUAACAACUCGAGUCGUUUUGGCAAGUUCAUUCAGGUGAACUACCAGGAGAGCGGCACUGUGAGAGGGGCAUAUGUGGAGAAAUACCUCCUGGAGAAGUCAAGGCUGGUCUAUCAGGAGCACAAUGAGCGAAACUACCAUGUGUUUUACUACCUGCUGGCAGGAGCGAGUGAAGACGAGAGGACAGCCUUUCACCUCAAGAAGCCUGAAGAAUACCAUUACCUCAGUCAGAUGACAAAGACAACGCACCAACCGCACUGGGACAGUUACUGUGAGAGUGAACCGGACUGCUUCACUGUUGAAGGAGAGGACCUGAAGCAUGACUUUGAGAGGCUUCAGUUGGCCAUGGAGAUGGUGGGCUUUCUUCCUGCCACGCGGAAACAGAUCUUCUCCCUACUGUCGGCUAUCCUUCACCUGGGCAACAUCGGCUACAAGAGGAAAACCUACAGGGACGACUCGAUAGACAUCUGUAACCCAGAGGUGCUGCCUGUCGUCUCAGAACUGCUGGAGGUCAGAGAGGAGAUGCUGUUUGAAGCUCUGACGACACGGAAGACAGUUACUGUGGGAGAGAAGCUGAUUGUCCCCUACAAACUUUCUGAGGCUGGCACGGUGCGAGACUCCAUGGCAAAGUCGCUGUACAGUGCUCUCUUUGACUGGAUUGUCUUCAGGAUCAACCACGCUCUGCUCAACAACAAGGACCUGGAGGACACCACCAAGAUCUUGUCCAUCGGAGUGCUCGACAUUUUUGGUUUUGAAGACUACGAGAACAACAGCUUCGAACAAUUCUGCAUCAACUUUGCCAAUGAACGUCUCCAACACUACUUCAACCAGCACAUCUUCAAGCUCGAACAGGAGGAGUACAGGGCAGAGGGCAUCAGCUGGCGAAACAUCGACUACAUUGACAAUACAGGCUGCAUCAACCUGAUCAGCAAGAAGCCCACAGCGCUGUUCCACCUACUGGAUGAAGAGUGCAAUUUCCCUCAAGCCACCAACCAGACUUUGUUGGAUAAGUUCAAGCGGCAGCAUGAGGGGAACAGUUACAUCGAGUUCCCCGCUGUCAUGGAGCCCGCCUUCAUUAUCCGACACUAUGCUGGCAAGGUCAAGUACGGUGUCAAGGAUUUCAGGGAGAAGAACACAGACCACAUGCGCCCAGACAUCGUGGCUUUACUUAAGAGCAGCAAGAACGCCUUCAUCUGCGGGCUGAUCGGCAUCGACCCCUCGGCCACUUUCCGCUGGGCGGUUCUCCGAGCUUACUUCAGAGCCCUGGUGGCUUUCAGAGAGGCUGGGAAGAGACACACGCAGAAGAAGACUGGGCAUGAUGACGCUGCUCCAUGUGCAGUUUUGAAAAGUGUGGAUAGUUUUAGCUUUCUGCAGCACCCUGUGCAUCAGAGAAGCUUAGAGAUCCUGCAGAGAUGCAAAGAGGAGAAGUACAGUGUGACCAGGAAGAGUCCACGUACGCCACUGUCAGACCUUCAGGGAAGCAACACCAUCAUUGAGAAGUCGCCACGGGGUUCUCCGGGCCUCGGCUGGAACGGGCGUGUGGGCCGACACAGCCGCUUGUCGUCCAGCAGCUCCACUGCGGAUGAAGACGGCAUCUUUGUGAACUCAGCCAGCAGCAAACUCCUUGAGCGAGCCCACGACAUCCUCAUGAGGAACAAAAACUACAAAUCUAAGCCAGUUCUUCCGAAGCAUUUACUGAACGUCAAGUCACUGAAGUACCUCAGCAACCUGACGCUUCACGACCGUAUCACCAAGUCGCUGCUUCACCUCCACAAGAAGAAGAAACCACCCAGUAUCAGUGCACAGUUCCAGGCCUCUCUCAAUAAGCUAAUGGAGACUCUGGGUCAGUCUGAGCCUUAUUUUGUCAAGUGCAUCCGUUCCAAUGCUGAGAAGCUGCCCUUACGGUUUAACGACAACCUGGUGCUGAGGCAGCUGCGUUACACAGGUAUGCUGGAGACUGUGCGCAUUCGGCAGUCGGGCUACAACAUCAAGUACAGCUUUAAGGAUUUUGUUCAUCACUUCUGCGUGCUGCUCCCAGAGGGCACCAGAGCCACCAGGGAGGGCAUCCAGCAAUGUCUGGACCAGCUAGACCUAGAGCCAGAUGGGUACCAAGUGGGAAAGACGAUGGUGUUUCUGCGGGAGGCUGAGCGUCAGCGGCUGCAGGCCUUACUCCACGGGGAAGUUCUCAGACUCAUCGUCAUGCUGCAGCGGCGCUUUAGAGCCCGGCUGGAGAGGAAGCAGUUUGUCAGGAUGAGAGAGGCAGCAACCUGCAUCCAGAAAUGGUGGCGUUUGUACCGGCCCAUAGAAGAGGAGCAGGAGGACUAUGACCCUAAAGUCCAGGAGGGGGCAGCUUUGUGCUUGCAGACACAGUGGAGAGGUUACAGGGAGCGCCAGAGGUUCAGGCUGUGGAGGGAGGCUGCUCUGGUGCUACAGAGGGCAUGGAGGUUAUGGCUCCAUCGGCGCUGCACAGCAGCUCUGGUUGUUCAGACCGCCUGGCGCUGUCAUCAAGCCAGACAAGCCUACUUGCGUCUGUAUGCCGCUGUGGUACAACUACAGGCAUUUAGCAGAGGCUACCUCAGCAGGCAGAGUUUCAAGGAACUGCGAGAGCAGAGACGGAGGGAGGAGGAGGAGCAGCAGGAGAAGCUGCUGCAGCUACAGAAUGGCCAGGUGAGUCUUUCACCAGAGGAAGAGGAGGAGUCGCCUGAGAGAAUCAUGGGGUUGGACCUCAGCACGUGGGAGGAUCGUUCCUAUGAGCAACGAGAAAAGAGCCUCCAAAUCCUCAGCAGCCACGAGGACACAGUCGGGGACGAAGCAGAGGGAGGAGAGCAUGCCGGGACAAAAGAGAGCUCCUCUAAAGCGCUAAGUGAAGCACCAGCCUCAAUCCCGUCGUCUGCUGUGGUUGUUCGAGACAGGGCCAGAACUGUAGAUGAGCCCAGCCAGAAAACCACUCGGGCCAAGAGAGAGAGCCGGCGGAUGAGAGAGUUGGAGCAGGCCAAGUUCAGCCUGGAGCUCCUCAAGGUGCGAGCAACCAGCGGCGGAGCCUCGUCCCCAUCCGAGGAACGGCGUUGGUCUGUCGAGCUGGUGCCUCCUGCUACCCCGCCUCCUUGUUCACCCCAGGGCACGCCUGACAGCCAGAGCUCCAAAGGCAGCUUUGAGCUUCUGAGUAUGGAUGAGGAACCGCCCAAGGCUUUAGAAGAGGUGACAGACAGCGAGGACGCCUGCUCCCCUCUUCCGUCAAUAGAUUCAGUACCAGAGCUGAAUGUGGAGGUUGUCUCGACAAGCCCGACACCAGCUGAACCACAUACGGCAGGGGUUUCUGAUGCUGUUGCCCCCCCAGACAGCCAGGGUCAGAGCAAAAUGGAUCUGCCAGCCCCCUCUGCCCCCACACAUCCGCCCAAAAUCGAGAACUACCUCCCUACCUUUUACGUCCCUGCUAGUGAGGGCAGCACGGUCAUCUCCCAUCGUCCCGCUGAAGAGCCUCAACAGAAAACAGAUGCAGCCGUCUCUACAACCACCUCCACUGUUACCAAGCCUCUCAGAGAACGGCGAGAGUCGGCGCGUCGACCAGUGGUGGUGGUCAUCAGUAUGCAGAAAGAAACACCAUUAAGCGAAGAGCUGAGUGAUAUCGUCCGUCCCCCUGUAGAGGUUCGAGAUUCUGCAGCCCAGACAGGGGAGUUGACCCCAUCGCCACAGAAAGCAGGCCCAGCAACAGUGCCUCAAGGUCCCGUCCCUGUUUCUACCUCUGCCCCUCAGGCCGACCAGGCUGUCAUUGAGAAACUUGUGCGACUAAACGAGGAGAAAGAGGAGAGGCAACGUAAUCAGCAACAGCAGAAUGAAAAGGAGAUGAUGGAGCAGAUAAGACAACAGAAAGAAGUGCUGGAGCGGCAGCGCCUUUACUUCGCUCAGUAUGAGAGAGACAUGUUUGAGAAACAAAGAGGAGAGGCUCUGCACAGGAUAGAGAAGAGUCGACAGGGUGGACACGAUGUGGGUGGAACUGCAACCUCCAGCAAGCCCCUUAGACCCAGCUCCCUGCUGAUUGAGAGGACGGCAAAGCUAGCUCCUCAUGCCAGAACACAUUCAGACUCCACUGCUCCAUCAGCGCACUCUCCCCUGGGUGUAGACAUCCAAGGCAGCGCCCCUCUCCCCCAGCUGCCUCCUCCACCCGCUUCUGUUCCCAGAGAGAGACGCAUGGAGAGCAGGCGUGUUGCUGAGGGCUGGGCACCCAAACUCACGCUGGAGUCCAGAGACGGAGGUGGGGCCAGGGUGAGAACAGCAGCCAGGAAGCCGCCGAGUAAUCAAGGCACCACCGUUAGUAUGACGGAUAAGACGGGCAACAUCUUCUUCUCUCCAAAGGACAAAGUGACAUUUGCAAAGUUUGACAGCGACACCCUCACUGAAGAAACACCUGUGACCAUUCCCAGAGAAGGACCCUCGCCAGUGUCCAAGCCCACUAAAGGAACAAAAGCACGGGAUGUCGGCAGAGCGGGCCAAAAAAAGAAAGCCAGAAUGGCACGGACCCGCUCCGACUUCCUCACCCGCGCCCCUAUCGCCUCGCACGGGGGCGAUUCAGACGAGGAUGACUAUGAUGGCGACAGCCCCCUGAGCCCCCGCCAUUACACUCUGCCGCUCUCCAAACAGAGCUCCACGGAGGCAGGCUUACGAGAGUCCUGUUUCAGUGACUCAGACAUGCCUGCAAGCUCCGAGGAACAAAAGAAGAUACACAAAGCCAUGUCGUCAGGAGAUUUGGGCAAAGUGGACUCGAUGCGCAAGAACUCGCAAGAUGGAAGCAGGGUUCGUGGUAAGAUGCGUUUCUGGGGAAAGACAAAGUACGGCGAUAAGAAGGCAUCCAGAGAGAAGCUGAUCUGCGGAGCUGAUUCAUUGGAUGGAGACUACGGAGACACUGGGCCACUGCUGGGAGAGGCCGGUCAGGAAAACAUGUCGCCCCCCUGCAGUCCUGAUCUGACGCUGGAUCGAGGGUUCAGAGACUUGAAGGAGAACAAGGAACCGUCUCCCAAGGUGAAGCGACGCCGCAGUGUCAAGAUCAGCAGUGUGGCUCUGGAACCUGCUCAGUGGCAGAACGACGCGCUGCAGAUCCUCACCUGCACCAACGACUACAGGAGCAUGAACGACUUCCUCAUGAAGAAGAUCAACGACUUGGACACAGAGGACAGUAAGAAGGACACCAUGGUGGACGUUGUGUUUAAAAAGGCUUUGAAAGAAUUCCGUCUAAACAUCUUCAACUCGUACUCCACUGCACUGGCGAUGGAUGACGGUAAGAGUAUCCGCUACAAAGACCUCUACGCUCUGUUUGAGCACAUCUUGGAGAAGACCAUGCGACAGGAGCAGAGGGACUGGAGCGAGUCCCCUGUCGGAGUGUGGGUCAACACCUUUAAAGUUUUCCUGGAUGAGUUCAUGACUGAGUAUAAACCUAUGGACAGCACAAUCAGCAAGCCGCUACCUAAACCUGAACGCAAAAAACGGAGGAAAAAGGACACUGACAUUGUGGAGGAGCAUAACGGCCACAUCUUCAAGUCCACCCAGUACAGCAUCCCUACUUACUGUGAAUACUGCUCAUCGCUCAUCUGGAUGAUGGACCGUGCCUGCGUGUGCAAACUGUGCCGCUACGCCUGCCACAGAAAGUGCUGCCAGAAGACAACCACCAAAUGCAGUAAGAAGUUUGAUCCAGAGCUCUCCUCCAGACAGUUCGGAGUGGAAGUUUCUCGUCUGACUAAUGACGAGAGGACGGUGCCCCUGGUAGUGGAGAAGCUUAUUAACUACAUUGAGAUGCAUGGCCUCUAUACUGAAGGAAUAUACAGAAAGUCAGGCUCCACCAACAAAAUUAAGGAGCUCAAGCAGGGACUGGACACAGAUGUGGACAGCAUGAGUCUGGAUGACUACAACAUCCAUGUUAUUGCUAGUGUUUUCAAGCAGUGGCUGAGAGACCUGCCUAAUCCUCUCAUGACAUUUGAACUGUAUGAGGAGUUUAUACGUGCCAUGGGUUUGCAGGAUAAAAAGGAAAUGAUCAGAGGGGUGUAUUCAGUUAUUGACCAGCUAAGCAGAACUCACCUAAACACUCUGGAACGCCUCAUAUUUCAUCUUGUCAGGAUCGCCUUGCAAGAAGACACGAACCGUAUGUCAGCCAAUGCCUUGGCUAUAGUUUUUGCUCCUUGUAUCCUGCGCUGUCCUGACACCAUUGAUCCACUGCAGAGCGUCCAGGACAUCAGCAAGACGACUGCGUGCGUAGAACUUAUCAUUUGUGAACAGAUGAAUAAGUACAAAGUACGACUAAAGGACAUCAGCACCCUGGAGUUUGCUGAAAACAAGGCCAAGUGCAGACUGACCCUCAUUCGACGGUCAAUGAGACCCGUACUAAUAGCUGUUAGGUUUAUGAGCAUAGCACGCACUAGGCCAAACGCAGCUAAAAAGGGAAAAGGCCACGUGCAGCGACUAAGCUACCACACGCCUUCGCCUCCAGUAAGUCCCCGGUUGCCCUCUGUGGCCAACACUGUGGUAGAAGAGAGUGGUGGUGAGGAGGGAGCGGACUCGUUUGCUGAAAUCUCCGAGCAUCAGCAGGCUGCCAUGCAGCAGGAAGAGAGAGUGCUGACAGAGCAAAUUGAAAGCCUGCAGAAAGAAAAAGAGGAGUUGACGUUUGAGAUGCUGACUCUGGAGCCACGAGCAUCAGAUGAUGAGACCCUGGAGUCAGAGGCCUCUAUCGGUACAGCUGACAGUUCUGAAAACCUCAAUGUUGACUCUGAGGGAACCAUUUCUGACUUCUCUGAAAGAGGUCCAGUGUUGACUUCCCCCUGGCCUCGGAGAUCUGACGGGAGGAGCCCCCGACGCCGUGCUCUCCACCGGCAGCCUGACUCUCUGGACUCUGUUGACUCUUGCUCCAGUGUGUCCUCCUACUCGUCCUCAUCACACUUCCACCCAUCGUCCUCUUCCUCCUCUGCCACGACCCGGCGCUUUCGUUUCCACUCCAAGUCUCCCUCCCUAGGCUCAGGUCCAGCCCAGUCUCAGGCCCAGGCUCUGAAUGCAUCUCACGCCUCCCGAUGCGACAGCAUAGACAGAAGCCCUACAGGAGACCAGAAGGGUGCAUAUGACGAAAGGCCCCAGUUUACCAGCCGAGGCACGUUCAAUCCAGAGAAGGGCAAACAGAAACUUAAGGGGGCCAAGCAUUCAACCCAGGGGCACUCAAGAGAUGGCGGUGGCCAUGGCAGGGACCCUCCAGACAUACCACAGCAGCUGGUAUUAUAUGGCAGUAAUGAAUUCAUGGUAUGAAGAACACUGGGACACCAAAGCACUCCUUAUCCAACUCCCUGGCAGGCAAAGAUGUUCUCAAUGGGAGGUAACGUAGUGGCGACUGAUCUCCACUUCUCAAAGCACUCUUGCUUAGCCUUUCUUCGUUGAAGUCUGCAAAGAAGUGUCCCCAAGUGCCGUGUAUAGUGUUUCCACCUCCACAGGGGGGAGAUGUUUGGCAGAUGGAUGGGUAUCAGUGGAAGGGCUCCUCUUCUGUAGACUAAACUGCAACCCAUGCUCUCACAGUGCCUUGGCAGCACUUUACUCAGCGCCAAGAGGAGACACACUGAGCAGGAGGACAGAGAAAAGGGAACAUUGAAAUACACAGAAGACCACUCAGCAUCAGGGAACGACACAGAGCUGGAAAGCCAAAGCGGUGAACUACAGCAUAUGAGAAGAAGUCAGGCAACAUCAGGCGUGACAGAUGUUACAGUGAAAAUAAAGCUCUCCAUUAUUAGCUGCUUUAUGAGUUUACAGUUCAUAACAAGGAGUGUAAGCAGUGGUUGCUCUGUUAUUACAAAUUUAUUUUUCCCUUAUUUAAUAAAUUUUAAUGUCACAGAAAUUCUUUAUAGCAUAUAAUAUACAGGUAUAAAUACUGUACAAAGCCGGAACACCAGCCUCUGCUGGGUAGUUGAAGUCAAAUAUUUAUCUUUUUGGAGUAUCUUGGACAGAGAUGUACGGAUUUGGGCAGUGGAUGGUUUAUGUGUGUGAGUGUGUGUGUGUUUGCAUUUGCCAAGCGGUCAUGCGUGACUGUAUGUAUGUGUGAGAAAGAGAGAACCACUUCAUGUGUUUUAAGUUUGUGCUGCUUUUUUUUUUUUUUUUUUUUCCCCCUUACAAGGGAAAUACCGCCAUCAAAGGGACCAAGUCAGCUGGUGUGUAUUCCAGCCAAGGGGAUCCCAGCUCUGUAAAGAAUGUCGGAUGUGUAUAAAAUCCAUGCAUUCACUGCUUAACAGCCAUACAACAAUUGUAAUGUACAGUACAGUUCAUAUGUACAGUAUAGUGGACAAAUGCCAUUCUAUUCUUGAAAUCUAUUGUUACCCCUUGCUCCCGAACCCAUCCCCACUUCCUGUCUCUAAAGUGUUUGCUCAAUAGCAACCAAGCAAGAACAUAAAA